CAGUCGAUUUUUAAGGUUAACAUUUUGGAGCCAUUUAGACGGCAUAGUUUAACAGCGACCCAAAAUCACGUGACAGCAAAAGGAACUAUUUGAUUGGCGUUUAAAAAUCCACGUGAUAAUAAAAUCUGUCCAAUUGGCUGUCCUCGCCCAACACUGUUUUUCCCGCAACUACCGAGCGUGGAAACAGCUCUUUGGACCUACGAAAAUGCCGAAGCGAUCGUGCCCUUUUACGGAAACCUUCUCGUCUCAGUAUAAGAUGCACAUCGGGCCGCGUGAGCUUAAUAACUCCAGCGUCUUUGGGAAUAAAUACAGGAAAGAAAUCUAUGAAAAGACAAAAACAUUACUUUUUAAUGGUGCCAAAGCGGUGGUAGACAAAAUAUGGACUGGGGAGGAUAAGAUCACCGACCGUCAUCCAACUGGACAAGAGUUAACAGUUAAAAGCAGUCAGACUCUGUUAAGAGGGCAGACUUUGAUUGGAACUAAUGGGAGGUUGACCAAAGCAACUAAAACACAAGGACCAUCUAGUGGUGGCUGCUGCGUGUGUCAGAAAAGUGUGUCAUGCCAGACCUCCUGUUCCCAGUGUGAGCGUCGUGCCUGCUUGUCCUGCAGCCGACAGUGCUCCAGCUGCUUCAGCCAGUGCUGUUCUGUCUGCACCAUCAUAGAUUACAGUGGACGUUAUGAUGAAGUGCUCUGCUGCAGUUGCUCGACGUAAUGGAAGUUUGGUACGCAGAUCCAAUACUUGAAAACUGCAGUAUCCUGCAUUUUAAAUUUCAUAAUUGUCUUUUUUUUUCUCCUUAUGAUCGAAAUGUAUGUGCAUGUAUAGAUAUCUAAUGAAAUAAACUUGAAC